AUGGCGGCCCUUCUUCCCCGAAUUGCCUCGCCGGCGCGGCUUCCUAUUCCUCAUCUGCCGUCGCUGGCUGGUAUUGCUAGCCGACUGCUCCCGACACUCGGCAUAGCUCUUCCCGGCAUCAGCAUCACCAUUCCCACAUUGCUGGAUGAUAUUUGGGAAGGCGUCCUGCGAGCUGUGCCGAAGAACAAGGUCUCCCACUCGAGGAAGAGAAUGAGGCAGCUGGCCAACAAAGGCCUCAAGGAUUCGAAGCAAUAUCUGACGAUACACACCGUCGACAAUGCACACAUAACGGACAUUUUUGCCCUGGCUUCUACUCCAAAGUCUCUUCUAUCUGCCGGUGGCUCUUCCACUAUCCAUGUGCACGACACGACAGACCCAGCCUUUCCCCUUAAGCAGAGCAUAUCAAACGCUCAUAAGCUAGGCUGCCAUCACCUCUGCACGUCGAGAAAUGGCCGGUACGCGGCCAGCGCUGGGUUCGGAGGUGAGGUCAAAAUUUGGGCCCUCAAUGCAGAAACGGGGGAAUGGAGCAACGCGGGCGAGUUGACCGGAAGCUCCGUCCAGGCGGGCGAGGUGUGGGCGCUGGCGCUCAGCGAAGACGGCGGCUACCUGGCCAGCACUACCAAUGACGGCAGGAUCAAUGUCUGGGACGUGGCCGACGAGGCCAAGCCCAAGAUUCGCGAGUACGAGACUGGAAGUGCAGGGUCGGGAAGUUUUGGCAUGUGCGUCGACCUCAGCAGGGAUGGAAAGUUUACCGCGAGUGGCCAUCAAAACGGUGCCGUCUACAUUUUCGACAAUGACACGGGACGCAUUCUCUACUCGCUCUCUGGACUGGCGAAACCUGUGCGAGCUGUGGCCUUUUCACCCGGAAACACGAGAUUGGCAGCCGCUGGUGACGCUGGCAUCAUUGCCCUCUACGACAUGAAGCACGGAGAACAUAUUGGCAACCUGACCGGCCAUUCUUCCUGGAUCACAACCAUCGACUGGAACGACACUGGAGAGUAUCUCUUGAGCGGAUCCAUGGACGGCAAGGUCAAGGUAUGGUCCGUGGAGCGGAGUGAUUGUGUAGCCACGCACAGCGAAACGGACAAGACGCUCUGGGCUGUUCGGUGGCUGCCCAAGAUUGGCCGUAGCGAGAUGUUUUGCACAGCCGGCGCCAACAGGAGUCUGUCGUUCUAUCGUGAGGCUACGGGUGGUUGA